CUCAGAACUGCCCGCAGAUGAGCAUGGUGAGAAGAAGCUGGCUGGCCAAGGCUGCAGGUACCCUGCUCUUGCUGGGGUGGCUGGCAGCUUUCCCAAGGUUGCAUCUCCAAACUCAAAGAGAUGUCCUCUGCAAGGUGUCCUCUUCUAGACCAGCAGACCAUCUCAGACCAACCCCUUCUGCUGUCCCACACAGGUGCUGGUGGGAUGAAUCCAGUGACCUGCAGCUCCCCAGGUGAGUACAGACAAAAGGGGUAUUUGGAGAAACCCUCCAGGUCCUUGUUGUAAUGUUGCUUAUGUCCUUUGGAUUGUGUCUCCUGAUCCUGGGGUGUCCAAAAAGUCAGCUUUGAUCCUGGGACUGGUGUUUCGUUUCAAGGUGGAAGGCAAACCAAAAGGAGGAAAAAGAAAUCCACCAUAUGUAUGGUUUUUUGGUAGGGUGCAGUAUGAAACAUAUCAGUUUGGCUAGGGCGGAUUUUGGCAGAGGAAGCUGCAAUUUUUAAUUUUAUGAUGGAGUGGGAAAUAUUGGUUUGAAAUUAAAGAAAAUGAAAACAUUCCUCUUUGGAAAUACCAGAGUGAAGCCCUUUGUUGUCCCAGAAUUUAGAUAUUUCGUCUGAGUCUUUUCUGAAAUACUCAGCUUGGAUGGAAAAAAUCAUUUUGGUCACUAGAAACAGUAUUUUUCGGUAUAUUUACCCUCCUGUUUUUCUCCCACUGUGUUUACCUGUAUCAGUGCCAGCUCCUGAAAUGAGCAGAGCUUUUGCUUUCCUAUAGUCAAAGUAUUCUGAGUCAUCAGAUGACUGAAAAGCAGGCUCUUCCAAACUCUUCACCUUUUUUUCCUUUUGCUAUUUCCACCAAAAAGCAGCUACAAGGUCAACACUGCGGUUGGAGAGCUGAAAAUCCGUUGCACACCAGUGCUCAUCUCCACAUCAUCACACCACUACCGCAUCUCUUUACUCUUCCAGGUGAUUUUCCCCCACCAGCACUCUUCCCAAACUUCUCCUCAGCUCAGGAAGGUGACUUGAUUCUUGCCCGGUGCCUCGUUUUUUCCCAUGUCCCCGUCACCCACAUCUUCUUCUGCAAGGAUGGGGUGGAGCUGGCAAACCACCUGGUGGGAAAAGGCGAGUUCACCUCCACGCUCGCCAUCCAGCUCUCUGCAAAGACCAGCGGCACCUACUCCUGCGGGUACCAGCGCCGGAGCAGACUCGGACAGGUCAUGCUUUCAAGGUUGAGUAUCCCGUGGCUCCUGACCACUGGAGGUGGGAAGGAUGAUCCGAGGAACGGCAGCGUUGCUACCAGCCCGGAGCUGCCAUUUGGAGGGCUGGGAGUCUCGGUCAGCCUGGCUUUUGCAGUCCUCUCCCUCCUCGCACUGGCUUUGGGCAUCCAUCUUCUCCUCCAGACCGGAAAGCGAGUCCAGCUGGCCAGGCUGAAGAGCUUCAUGCCCCAGUAGAAGACCUCAGCAUUUCACAAGUGCUGCGAAGAAAGAGAUGUCCAGGAGCCCUCACAGUUCGAGGACCUGUUGGCAGACCAGAGAAAUGCUCCAAAGUGCUGGGGGGUCCGUGGCAAGGACCACAGUGAAUUGUCAGCUCCCCAUGGCCAUGGCAGGGGGGAAUUGGACCAAGAUGGUGUCCCUUGACUCAAUGCCACCUGCACUGCAUCUCCAGCCACUGAAAGCUCUCCAGCACCCUGGGGACCCAACUUCUUCAUCUGCAGCCUCAGAGAUACACCCCUCGGCUAAAACACGCUGCCCAAGCCAGUUGCAGAAGACUUUGCUCCAGCUGUGAACAUCAUGGUGGCUCUUGGGCAUAAGUUAAUUAAAAGGUCCACUAAUUAAAAAGGUGUUUUGUCCCUGA